AUGUCAAAGCUGUCCGAUUACUGUCUGCUGUCGUUUGAUGUAUACGGCACCUUGAUUGAUUGGGAAAGUGGCAUUCUUGCAGCACUCCAGCCAAUUCUCAAUAAUAAUGGAAGAAGUUUCUCUCGCAAGGAACUGUUAGAAGUGUUUCAUAAAUUGGAACGCCAGCAGCAGGAUAGAACUCCUGAUAUGCCUUAUUCGCAACUGCUCAGCACAGUCCAUCCCCAAUUUGCGGCUGCACUCGAACUGGAUAGACCGACAGCUGAACAGAGCAAAGAAUUUGGGGAUUCAGUGGGCAAAUGGCCAGCUUUUCCUCACACAAUUGAUGCACUAAAGCGACUCUCAAAACACUACAAGCUCCUCGUCCUGUCUAACGUUGAUCGAGUGUCGUUCAAUGCAACCAAUGCUGGGCCUUUAGAAGGCACUCACUUUGAUGCGAUUAUCACAGCUCAAGAUGUUGGAUCUUAUAAGCCACAUGUGCACAACUUCGAAUACAUGCUAGAGCAUAUCGAAUCAAAGUUCGGUGUUGGAAAGGACAAGGUGCUACAAACAGCUCAAAGUCAGAUUCACGAUCAUCACCCUGCCUCUGCGAUGGGCAUCAAGUCAGUAUGGAUCGUUAGGCCCGGUGCUACAAUGGGAAACGCUACUGAGCAGAUCUAUGAUUGGAAAUUUGAUACCCUGGGCGACAUGGCCGAUACUCUUGAGCAGGAGACAGCGUAG